AAAAUUUUGAAAGACUUGGAAAACUAUCAGAAGGGCUGUAGCACUAUUAUUACUUAGAAGUAAUAUUUAAUGGGCCAAGUUCUCCUGGUGAACUCAUCUGUUACUGUGCUUGAGGACUCAUGUUCAAGCCCUGGUCCCCAUCUACAGUGAGACUUCUAUUUGGAGAACUCUUGUACUGAGCCUGGAAUCAUCUUUGACCUGUAACAAGAGCAUGCAUUUUCAGUUGUCAACCAGAUUUAUGGAUCGAUAGAGUUCUCUUGAAAGGUGGCCUGCUAGUGACUUGAUCACUUUGGAAAAUGUAUCAUUCCUUAUCUGAAGCUAGACACCCUCUGGCGCAGGAAGAACAGGAAGUGGGAGUUGACCCCUUGUCGAGCUAUUCACGCAGAUCUGAAGGUGAUUCAAAUAAAAAUGGAAGAAGAACAAAUGCUACUUUAGAUUCUGAUGGGACUUUUAAUUCCUAUAGGAAAGAAUGGGAAGAACUAUUUGUAAACAACAAUUACUUGGCAACAGUAAGGCAGAAGGGGAUUAAUGGGCAGCUGAGAAGCAGCAGGUUCCGCAGCAUUUGCUGGAAGCUAUUUCUUUGUGUUAUCCCUCAAGAUAAAAGUCAAUGGAUAAGUAGAAUUAAAGAAUUAAGAGCGUGGUACAGCAACAUUAAGGAAAUACACAUCACAAAUCCAAGAAAAGUUGUUGACCAGCAAGAUUUGAUGAUCAAUAAUCCUCUUUCACAGGAUGAAGGGAGCCUUUGGAACAAAUUCUUCCAAGAUAAAGAACUUCGAUCAAUGAUUGAACAAGAUGUCAGAAGAACGUUUCCUGAAAUGCAGUUUUUCCAACAAGAAAAUGUGAGAAAAAUUCUUACAGAUGUUCUUUUCUGUUAUGCUAGAGAAAACGAGCAGUUGCUUUAUAAACAGGGCAUGCAUGAGCUCUUAGCGCCUAUAGUCUUUACUCUCCACUGUGACCACCAAGCUUUUCUUCAUGCCAGUGAGUCUGCACAGCCAAGUGAGGAAAUGAAAGCUCUCUUGAACCCCGAGUAUCUGGAACAUGAUGCCUAUGCAAUGUUCUCACAGCUCAUGGAAACUGCUGAGCCUUGGUUUUCUACUUUUGAACAUGAUGGUCAAAAGGGGAAAGAAACACUGAUGACUCCCAUCCCUUUUGCAAGACCACAGGACUUGGGGCCAACAAUUGCUAUUGUAACUAAAGUUAACCAGAUCCAGGAUCACCUCCUAAAGAAGCAUGACAUUGAGCUGUACAUGCAUCUGAAUAGACUAGAAAUCGCACCACAGAUCUAUGGGCUACGGUGGGUGCGGCUGCUGUUUGGACGAGAGUUCCCUCUGCAGGAUCUCCUCGUGGUCUGGGAUGCCUUAUUUGCAGAUGGUCUCAGCCUGACUUUAGUUGAUUAUAUUUUCAUAGCCAUGCUACUCUACAUCCGAGACGCCUUGAUCUCCAGUAACUACCAGACUUGUCUUGGCCUUCUGAUGCAUUACCCUCUCAUUGGGGAUGUACACUCACUGAUUCUUAAGGCCCUUUUCCUUCGGGAUCCAAAGAGAAACCCAAGACCAGUGACUUAUCAGUUCCAUCCAAAUUUAGAUUAUUACAAAGCACGAGGAGCAGAUCUCAUGAAUAAAAGCCGGACCAAUGCUAAAGGCGCUCCCCUGAAUAUAAAUAAAGUCUCUAAUAGCCUGAUUAAUUUUGGAAGAAAGCUCAUUUCUCCAGCAACACUCCCAAGCAGUGCUGGCGGCCCCCUGUCUGGAGGUAAUGGCAGUAACACCUCCACUGCUGUGGUUCCCACCAGGACCUUAGCAGAGACCCCCAAGCAGCAUUCACAGCAGCGGCUCAUGAAAUCAGAAAGCAUGCCAGUGCAACUGAACAAAGGCGAUGUAGUUACAGGAAGUGAUGCUCAGCUUUCUGUCCCCGUCCAGACUCUAAGUGACUUCCAAGGACAAGGUUCUAAAAACAUCAGUUCAUCUCCAAGCAUUGAGAGUUUGCCUGGAGGAAGAGAAUUCACUGGCUCUCCACCUUCCUCAGCUACUAAGAAAGAUUCCUUUUUUAGUAACAUCUCCCGUUCUCGCUCACAUAGCAAAACUAUGGGCAGAAAAGAAUCUGAGGAAGAAUUAGAAGCCCAGAUUUCCUUCCUUCAAGGACAGCUGAAUGAUCUGGACGCCAUGUGCAAAUACUGCGCAAAGGUGAUGGACACUCAUCUUGGGAAUAUUCAAGAUGUAAUAUUACAAGAAAAUUUAGAAAAAGAAGAUCAAAUUCUAGUUUCCCUGGCGGGACUGAAGCAGAUCAAAGACAUUCUAAAAGGUUCCCUGCGUUUCAACCAGAGCCAGCUGGAAGCCGAGGAGAACGAGCAGAUCACCAUUGCAGAUGACCACUACUGCGCCAGUGCCCAGGGCCAGGGCCGCAAUGGUCAAACGCCUGGGGCCACCAAGCAGGCCUCUUCAGAAGCAUCAGGGAACACAGACAGAGGGAGCUCAGAUGACUUCAUCCUCAUUUCCAAAGAAGACGAGGAUACCGGUUCCAGGGGCUCCUUCUCAGGCCAGGCCCAGCCACUUCGCACCCUCAGAAGUACUUCUGGGAAAAGCGAACCCCUGGUCCACUCCCCGCUGGUGUUUUCUGACCCGUUGAUGGGCCCAGCCUCGGCUUCCUCCAGCAACCCCAGCUCCAGCCCCGAUGAUGACAGCAGCAAUAGCAAGGACUCUGGAUUCACCAUUGUGGGCCCACUGGACAUCUGACCACAGCCACAGUCCCGCCUUGGGGAGACCCAGCAGUUUCACCUCCAAGCAGCCUCAGCUGAGGUUCCUCUGCUGAAGCCCCUCUGAAACAAAUGCUUCUUGCCCAGCACACUCGUGGCACUGGUGCAUCCCAUAGGAACUUUAGAAAAGAUCAGCUAGGGCCACACUGCCCACAGACUGAUGACCACCAUUCCCAUCCUUGCUCUUGAGUUCAGGCUGGGCUAAGUACCCAGUGUACCACUCAAUAUCAAAAAAAAAAAAAAAAAAAAAAGAAAGAAAGAAAGAAAGAAAGAGAAGAAAUACCAGACCACAGUGGGGUCCCUUUCCCUCUGUUCUGUCCUCCACAGCUAAGGUAUUGUAUUGGUAGCAACUCCACGAAUUACACCUGGAAGAAAGAAGAGUGGGUUUCAGACCUUCCUUCCCUCUGAACAUAGGAAAGUUGUUAUCAAGGAAAAACACCUGGAAACCUGUCUGCCAACCUGUUUCAUUCCCACAGCCAUAUAACACAGCCAAAUGCAGUACAAUAAAUGAGAAAGAGUGGAUUCUGACCUGGAAAAAAAUCCCAUUAGUGCCCUUUUAGACAGUUACAGUGAUAUUUAGAAAUGGGGUUUAAUUAGAAAUUAUAUUUAGGUGCAGUAUAGUUUAGAUUUCGUCAUAUGUUUAAGAAUUAAUUAACUGGCCAUCCUUGUUCUUCCUUAAGCAAUGGUAUUUCAUCUUGUAGUGCAUUUUACAGCCAGGAGAACAAAGUGGCUUUAAGUCAGUCUUUCCUGCACUGAUAUCAAAUACUCUAAGAGCAUUUCUUUCUCGGGUUGAAAAAUGUGACCUUAAUCUUUGGGAUCAAUACCUUUUAGACAGUCAGAUUUCUGUUGUUUUGGAUUGUGAUCACCUGCUAGUUGAGGACUAGAGGGAAAGCCAAGUUUAUUCCCAUCUGGAGGUAGAAAUCUUUGUCGGCCUUAAGAUAGUAGCAAGUAGGGAAUUAAGCCCUGAGUCCCUUCUGGAGGAGCAGGGCUUCGUAAAGAACAUUCCAGGUGCCUAGAGGAGGCAGCAUUUCUCCCAGCCCUUCCCGUGCUGGGAACCAAGUGUGGUAAGUGCGGGGCCUGGGCUCAGCUCUGCGGUGUUUCAGGUGCCACCGCCAGGGCAGGACCGGGCCUGCACAUGGUGCCUUCCUGGACGUCAGCGCAGACGGACAUUGCCCCGUGUCUGUUAGCAGCUUGGGGGGGCCUGCUGGCACAGAGCAUCACGUGAACUGUUCCUCUAGCUAAGGAUCCUGAAAAGUACAUUUUUCUUUCCUUCUGCCUGAGCAGGCGAGUAGCAGAUCAGAUGCAGUGCUCACUUCAUCAGAGAGAGCAGCCCUGAUGCUGGAGCGACUGGUUCUCUGGGCUUCUCUGAGCGUGGCGAGGCAGUGCAAGCUUUCCGGGCCACAAGUGAAAAGCUGAAUAUGAAGAGACGCCCUUUACAUCCCUCCCACUGCUAGGCGCGUAUUUCUCUAUGGACAAAUAAAGACAUGAUUUCUCACUUGUCCUACAAGCAAAUAGGGCUGACUCGGGAGUCUGCUACUGCAGGGCAUGCGGAUCAGUACUGCACGUGUCCCUUAAAUCCUAGCAGGGAAAUCCAACCCAUUAGCGUGUAAGCUGAAUAACGGCUCUGCUUGUGCCCCAUAGCAGGGCUGUUGGGCCUUCCAGGGUGGCUGACAGAGGCACGGGCCAGCUCUCUGGUUCCUGACCCUGAGCUGUCUGCCUAGCGCUUCUAGGAGGGUGAUAUGCCAAGUAAGUUGCUGCCGAGUGUACAUGUAGCUUUGGCAUAACAUGAGAAUACUCCUAGGUGGGCCCCAUAAGUAAGUAGUUCCGUCACUCCCAUUACUCCUCUCAGAGGCCCUGGUUUGGGGAAGUGCUUUCAGUUUAGAGGUCACAAGUGUGGGGCUCCCUGGGGCUCCAGGCUAAGACUAAAAGGGACCACAGAGCUCUUCUUCCCUGACAGCCGGGAGCACCGUGGCUGUGUGGUGUUCCAGCCUUUCCUUUCCCCGAGGGCCACAGAGCUCAGUGUCACCGGGCACCCAGCCGGGCUCUAGGCUGAUGCUGUCCAGUUGUCUAGGUGUUCAGCAGUUUGUGAAAUGCCGGCCUUCCCACACGCUUAGGGUGGUCUUCCCUUUGUGCCAUAGUGUUGGUGCCACAUGAGGACCAACGGGGUGCUCAGAAGUAUUGCUUUUCUGACCCCCAACACUGCUGCCUUCUUGGAGGGGGCGUGGGGCAUGGGCAGUGCCACCCUCAAAUUCCUGUAGGCUCCUGGAGUUUAAAACUGUAUUUCUGUCUUACCUUUUUAAGUGAUUUGUUUUUUUGCUUACAGUUAAGCAUUGUUUGCCUUUCUAUUAGUUACAGUGCUAUUAAAGAAUAAUGUGUUCCUUUUUAUUAUGUUAUCAGGUACUUAUGUUUAAUUGCACUUUUUAAAAAUUCUGAAUAUAUGAAUAUUUUUGUUUUUCUUUAACAAAUGUAAUCAGUGGAACCUUCUCGUGUUUUUAUCAUUAGCAGUUAAAUCUAUUUUAUACAUGCAAGUCUUAGAUUAAUUUUCGUCACUACCUGCUUUUUAUAUAUACAUGUCCAUGUGUUUCACGCAUUACUACUUGAUGAGCUUGAAAAGUAUCUCUGCACAUUGUAUAUGAGAGCUACAGAGUAGAGAAAGAUAGUCAUUAUGACUCUGCCUUACUUUGAUUAUAUGGGGGGCGGGUACGGGCGUGGGGGUGAGUACUGUAGUACCUUGGGCACUUACUCAUCUGGAUCAUUCCUCCAAAUGACCUCCUGCUAAUGUUCACUGCUGACUGCACUCUGGCAGGAAGUAAUAGCACUGCAGAAUGAAUGUGACUGAAAAUAAACCAAGGCCUCCCCGGGGUCCGCUUUCUCUG